AUGGCUGCCGCGAACCCCCUCCCUCAGAUUCGCCGCGUCGUGACGACCCAUGACGAGCAGGGGCAGGCAAAGGUCUGGAUUGACGGAGAGGUGCCCAACAUAUCGCCUCGCGGCUUCACGGAUGGUGUCUCGUUUGGGCUCGCGUGGACGACCGACACUUCCCCCGCGGAUUGCCAGACGGCGGUUGAUGGCCGCACGCUCCCUAUUGGCGAGCUCACAAACGACGAGGGCUCGGUCGUCCGCUACGUCGACAUGCCGCCCAAGCACCUCUCGCCAAUGCACCGCACCAUCUCGCUCGACUACGGCUUCGUCCUCUUUGGCCAGCUCGAACUCGUCCUCCCCGACGGAUCGAGGACGCUCGUCAAGCCUGGAGAUGUGGUUGUGCAGCGGGGAACGGACCAUGCCUGGGAAAACCCGAGCGAGACGGAGUGGGCUCGGAUGGUCUACGUUCUCCUGCCUGCGAAGCCGGUCGUGAUCGACGGCAAGGAGCUUCCCGCCAAGUCGAUUCACUGA